ACCAAAUCAAACGGCGCUGUUAGCUGAUAGUUCUACAGAAAUUCUAUCUACAGGACUAGCUGCGUUUACACAAAUUAAACGAAAGUCUGAAUUUAAUGAUAUAAACGAAAGAAGUAAUCUAAACAAUGGCUUUAUCAGCCAAAACAAUCUACCUGGUAAUAGUUCACCAAUAGUUUCUAUAAAAGUGACCUCAUUAGCAGAUCAAUUUAAUCCGAAUUCAAUAGAUUUAGGAACAAAUUUAGCAACAUUUUCAUACAAUACACCAUUUGAUUGUAAUAUGGACACAUCUUGUACACCUAUAUUCUUAUCCCUAGAUCCGAGUGCAUCUAAUUCCUUGUUAAUGUCAAAUUCAUUGAUGAACUGUCCUAUAGAUAACACUAAAGUCCUUGAAGUGAAUAGAGAAGUAUCUGUUACACCUUUGAUGAUUCAUUCACCAACCCCAGAUCAUGUUCUAGUUUCAAAUUAUGUCCCGGUGCAACACAUUUAAUCCACUCUGAUUUCUUUCCUUGUAUGUUAUCUCCCCUUAAGUUUUAUACUUGUAUUGCAUGCAUAAUCAAUGUGUUGUAUAAUAUAAAUUUACUCAGAAUUUCAUUUAUUAGCUUUGUAUCGCAUCCUAUUUUCUUCUUAUCCUCCAAGACAAGACCUAACCUUGGAGGUACACGUUAUUUUUAUUCAUCUCGAGAAGCUAUUCAUUCGAAUAUAUCUCGACAGAAUAUACCUCACUUUGAAAGUCGUUUGAGUAUGAACAAUCUUCCUCAUGCAAUUUCUAGUGAAUUAUACAAUCGUCAAAAUCAGUGUAGCUGUGAACAACAAUUUCAUGCCCAACAGCAACACAUUCCAUCUCAUAAACGAAUACCUUACUCUUGUAGUAAUUGUCUAAAGUCAAGAUCAAGUUUACAUAAUAUUAAACAGCCAUUUUACCCAUCGAAUGCUCAAAAUUCUGUCAUAGAUACUUUUUCCGAAGAGGAUAAGGAUUCAGAUCGUAGCCGCUAUGCAGAACAACUGAGGCGCAUUCAGUACAGUGGGGGACCGACCGCUCAGCUUCUUUUAGGCAAUGUAAAUAUACCAAAUUGUCAUUCAAGUCCUGAUUCAGCCUUGUCACCUGAUAAUGAAGCAAACGGUUUAACUGAACUUGACCCAUGUCUACCAAAAUCAAAUCAAAGCAAUCAUCGAAGUGAGAAUAAUCAUUGUAUCUCUAAUACUAAUCGAUUUACUCCAUCUGAGCAUACAUUGAAGAAAAAGAAACUGACCACAUCGAAACUCAUGUAUCAAAAUCGACAACAAAAUAAUCAUGCAAGCGAAUAUCAACCAACUUCCACGGAUUCAUCUGUAAUUCCAAAAGUAGAUGACAAUGAGAUUAACUCAGUGCAUUUGUCUGACUGUUUUGUUUAAUUUAUUCUC